ACCCACAUCCUCGCCGCCCGUCGGCUUGCAUUGCAGUUGCAGCAGCGCACAAUUAAUUGGAAGCGAUCUUCUUUCCCGGGUCAUCAAGUCCUCUCCUCAUCGGCCAACCAUCACACAGCACCUCCGCGAGGGAUCCCGCCUCUGCCUGGCCGCCGCCCGUCGCCUUUGCAGCAAGGAAGAAGCGAUCUUCUCUCCCGACAAGUCCUCGCCGGAUCUAAGCUAGCGUGUGGCUUGGCAGUACCGGGGUUUUCAAUAAGGACUAAACACGUUAGGGAAUAAUGCUUCCAGAAAGAUGUGCUUGUAUGUUGAAGAGCUAUCCUGCGAGGGACUCGGCAGAGUAGCAUGCCAUACUCAUCAUCAUGCAUAUAUCAUUUGCUAGAUCUUGAUGACCUUGAAGCUCAAGAGUAUCUUUCACACGAUGGCUUCUUGGAUCACCAUCUUGGGGGAGACGAUUGAAGUCUUGCAUUGGUCCUCUUUUUCUUGUCAAGGAUAAGCAAGUACCCGCGCGCUAUCUGUGUGCACACACACGGGCAUGCAUGCAUGCAAGAUGAUGGCGGGACAUAAUAAAAGAAACAUUAUUCUCAUGCACAAGUAUGAGAUGGGGAGAUUGCUUGGUCAAGGGACCUUCGCUAAGGUCUACCAUGCUCGCAACACCAGGACCUCAGUAAGUGUCGCGAUCAAGGUGAUCGACAAGGGGAAGGUUGUGAAAGUCGGCCUCGUCGACCAGAUCAAGCGAGAGAUUUCUGCGAUGAAGCUCGUCAGGCACCCAAACGUCGUGCAGCUUAACGAGGUCAUAGCCACCAAGACCAAAAUAUACUUCGUGUUGGAGUAUGUUAAAGGCGGGGAGCUCUUGGCUAAAGUAAAGCGAGGAAGGCUUAAGGAAGAUGUGGCGAGGAAGUACUUCCAACAGUUGAUCUGUGCGCUGGACUUCUGCCAUAGCAGGGGUGUCUACCAUCGGGACUUGAAGCUAGAAAACCUUUUGCUCGAUGAGAAUAGCGACCUCAAGGUAUCGGAUUUUGGUCUAAGCGCGCUUGCUGAAUGCCGAAGGCAGGAUGGCCUGCUCCACACGACCUGCGGCACGCCGGCCUAUGUUGCUCCGGAGGUGAUUAACAGAAAGGGUUACGAUGGUGCAAAAGCAGACAUAUGGUCAUGCGGGGUCAUCCUCUUUGUGCUAUUGGCUGGUUAUCUUCCUUUCUAUGAUAAGAACUUGAUUGACUUGUAUAAGAAGAUUGACAGUGCAGAUUUCAGAUGCCCGACCUGGUUUUCUACUCAUGUUCGGAGGCUUUUGCUAAGGAUUCUUGAUCCUACUCCUGGUACAAGGAUCUCAAUAGAAAAAAUCAUGGAGAAUCCCUGGUUUAGGCAGGGCUUAGAUCAUGCAAACCUACUACUUAGAUAUAAUUUAAAGACUAAUGAUGCCCCUCAAGUGGACACGGACAAGAAUGAAGAUUUUGAUCCACCGAGCACCAACAUAACAACAGAUAGCAAGCAAGAAGACGAAAAGAAGCCUGCCAACAUGAAUGCAUUUGAUAUAAUAUCUCAUCUAUCAAGUGGUUUGGAUCUCUCAGGUUUAUUCCAAGAAUCUGACAAGAAAACAGAAUCUAAAUUCACUUCUACCAACACAAGCUCGGCAAUCAUAUCAAAGAUUGAGGAUAUUGCCAAGGAUUUGCGACUGAAGUUGACUAAAAAGGAUGGUGGUUUGUUAAAGAUGGAAGCUUCAAAGCCUGGAAGGAAAGGGGUGAUGCGUAUCGAUGCUGAGAUAUUUGAAGUUAGCCCAAACUUCCAUCUCGUGGAGAUCAAAAAGACUAAUGGUGACACUCUAGAGUAUCAAAAGGUCAUGCACCAAGAAAUGAGGCCUGCACUUAAGGACAUAGUAUGGGCUUGGCAAGGUGAGCAAUUAAAGCAGCAGCAGGAACAACAACAAUAGUCGUGUUAAAAACUAUGAGAUAGUGUAUAACGUUUUUUAGGCAGAUUCCAAUAUUACAUGCAUUUGUGUAGUUCUCACUUCAUUAUCAAUUCUUGUUCCCCUUGUAUUACCCCCUGCAACCUGUUUUAACUCGGCGCGUCGACUAAAACAGGUUGUCGGAUGCGUCAUCCACCCCACGUCUGUGCGCGCAAAAAAGGAAUGCAUGCAUGAGUCAAACACGUUCCGUGCAUGCGCGUAAAUUUAAGAAAUAGAUGUGUGGCGGUUUCUAUUUUUAAAUGCUUUAUUUUCUC